AUGCACAUAAAUGGAAGCUAUAAUAUUACACUAAACACCACAGUACCAUCUUGCCACAAAUAUGAAUCGUGUUUGGAAUGGGUCUAUGAUAAACCUGACAGUUUUGUGGCUGAGUUUCAGUUGGCAUGUCAAGAAUGGAAAAGAACUUCAGUCGGGAGCAUACAUGUGCUUGGUUAUAUGCUUGGACUCCUCAUUAUUGGCCCAUUAUCUGACAAGUUCGGAAGGAAGAGUAUGGUAAUAUUUACAUGCGUUUCUGGAGGAACUCUGGGGUGCAUGAAGAGUUUCGCUACUUCAUAUUGGCUUUACGUAGCGCUUGAGCUUAUAGAAGCAGCAAUAGGAGACCCAAUUUCACCAAUAUACAUGCUAGCCGUAGAAAUGGUGGCAACUAAGUCGCGGGCAACAUACGCGAUUACAUCUUCGACGGGCGCAGGCAUAGGAGGGAUGCUGCUCGCUCUGGUGGCUUGUUUCGUUCCUUACUGGCGAACUUUGCUGAGGGUCAUAUACGCGCCAGGACUACUCGCCUUGUUCUUUAUCUACUUGCUAGAUGAGAGCCCCAGGUGGCUCCUAGCCAAUGGAAAGAAAAUUAAAGCAGUAAAGAUUAUAAGAAACGCAGCUAAGCUAAAUAAAAUGGAAAUAGAAGACAACUUAAACACUAUAUUUUAUAAACAGAAUGAAGAAACAAGCUUCACUAAAGUAAUUAGAGAUACAUUCACAUCACCCUAUUUACUGAAACGAUUUUUCGUUUGCUCUGGAUGGUGGAUUGCAGCAACUUUUGUAAAUUUUGGAUUGAUUGUCAAUUCAACAUUAUUAGGCGGCAAAGGAUACAUAAAUUUUGGUAUCUCGUCUGUCAUGAAAUUGCUGGGUAAUUUUUCCACGGCAUACAUUAUUUACAAGUUUAACAGAAAAGGUCCUCUGAUAUUUUACUUCGUCGCCUGCGCUGUUCUUUGUACUGGACAACCGUUUUUGCCGAAAAGUCGUUUUUGGCUCCAGAUAACCAGCUACAUGGUGAGUUUGAUACUGUCAUGUACAAACUUCAGCAUUGUCUAUAUAUUUACAUCUGAACUUUUUCCAACGCAGUCUCGAAACUCCAUGCAUGCGCUGUGCUCGUCUAUAGGAAGAAUUGGCGGUAUGAUCGCUCCGCAGACACCUUUAUUGAUGGCGUACUGGUCCGGUCUGCCAACACUGACAUUCGGUGCGGUGUCCCUGACGGCGGGGCUAGUGACGCUCCUAGUUCCGGACACGACGGACCAAAGUCUGCCGGACACAGUUUGCCAGGCCGAGAAAAUGGAAAAUAAAAUUUUGACCGAUCCUCGUGGUUCCAAACCCGAAAAAGCCGUGCAAACAAUUUAA